CGGUGUUGAUGGAGGUCGCCAUGUUGUGUUGUUGAGUAGCACAUGCCUUACCAAAUUCAGUUCUUGUUAGGGUGUUAUCGCAAAACCCGAGACGAUGGCGGGAGAAAUUACACAUUUUGGUUUUAUUUCACCUUUAGGAUAACUAUUUAAAAUAAAUAUAUAUCUAUCCAUACGUCUAUUUGUACUUUUUGGCUAGGUUGUUGUUGUCUUCUGUCUCGGAAAACUCGCCGAGUCAUUCUUUAAUUAUCAUCAAACUUACUUGUUCCCUGUAAAGUCCGUGAAUCUGAGAGUUGAUGAUGGCGCAUCUAGGAGCCCUACCACCAGAGGAGCAAGGCUACAUUGCUGACAAGAUUGUAAAGGCAGAACGGAGGAUCAAGGCCUAUCCGUCAGAUACUGAGGCCUGGAGUAUUCUCAUCAGAGAUGCGCAGAUGAAAAAGAUUGAAGACGCGAGGGUUGUCUAUGAACGUCUGGUGGAACAGUUUCCAAAUGCUGGGAAGUACUGGAAAAUCUAUAUAGAGCAAGAGGUUAUUAAGUUUAUACCUUAUAAUUAUUGUGAUACAGUAGAUACAAGGACAUAAUCCUUAAUGUAGGCAUUUCCUCAUAUUUUCUCUCUUGAGAAGAACUUCAGAUCUCAGAAAGCUGCAUGAAGUGGCCCAGCACCUGUGAAAACAAGGGAUUUGGUACAGACCAUUACAAUCAAAUUCAUUAAAAACAGAUCUCUAACUCUGAUAUCAUACCACUUUGAGAAGAUAUAAGGGGUUAUCUUUUGCCAUCUUCUGCCUAUCAGAAACAAAGCUUCUAAAUCCUUGGUAGGGGUUAGUUAACAAAACAUGAAGACCAGCACGUCUGAUUUCUUUGUCUCGAAAACCAACUUCAUUAUCAUGUUUUGUAGGCCAGUAUUAGAGCUUGCACCAGCGAAUGGUUGUGGAUAAUUUAUUCAAUGUUGCUUGUGCUCCAUGGCAUCAAUAGCCGAGAUGGAGCUCCAGCAGAGGAAUGUUUGUGUUAUGUUUGUAUGUAUGGUUUGGUUUAAAUCAUAUUUUUCUAAUCAUGAUUGUAAAGAACUUAAGCUAACUGGAUCAAGGACUUGCUCAUCUUUCAUUGACAUUAAGCAUUAAAAGUUCUCUCAAAUUUCACUUUAUACAACAUCGUGUAUAUGGUUAUGAGAUCUUAAGGCGUAUGAUCAUGAAGGAGAGUUAACAGAUCUGAUUUUUAUUAUAUUAUUGACAAUCAAGACAUUUGAACGUGAAAAACCUUCACAGGAUUUCUGACCCUGCAUUUGGAAUGUGUCCUUGUUUUUUCUUAAGCAUAAAUGAUUAUUGGAAGUGUGAACCAGAUGUAGCAACAUUUCCGGAUGUGAUUAAGGAAUCAUAUGCAGACUUUGUCUACAUGGAUUGCUGAAAGAGGAAAUUUGAUUGCAUGAAAAUGAUCAUUUAUGUCUUGUGUAUGAUGCAGUCUUGAGUUCAGGAAAGUAUGCUUUUUGUGAAGUUUCAUGAUUAGGUUACCAUGGUUACUUUACCAAGUUUGUCUUGUGGGUUUAUUUCUCUUUUUGAGAAUGUUGCAUAAAACCACUUCAAACUGACAUGGCCUUUGACUUUUCACUGUGUUGUUUCAAUUUUUUCUGUGUGGUGAGAAUGAGAUGUGAAAGUUUUGGUACUUGCAACAUAACAUCAUCUUUCUGCUCGUCCCCAAAUUACAUUCCAAAACUAUUUUGUCCAAAACCCAAUACCCAACGUUUAGUUGACUUGACAUUUGAUGCCAACAUAUCUGAGCAUGUUUAAUAAAUGCAAUUGUAUGCUACAAUGUGCCAGUCAUGCACUCACAUUGUAUCAAAUAAUUGUUUCUUUUUGGGGAAGUUAAUUCCAUGUCUGUGUUAAGUCUUAUUUUAAUGUAAGAAUGUAAACCUCAUUGGGGAGAAGUAAGUUAUUUCGAGUAUCUGUUCAUAAUACACAGGUACUGUGCAUCUUUGUUUAGCUUCACAGAAAUCUUUGAUGAAAGUUGUAGGGUUUGGGGUGGGGUUUUUCUUUAAAGGGUGAUGGCAGAUGGACAUAUAUGUUAACCCUGGCUGGGUGGAAACACAUCUUGAGCUUGAGACACAUUAUAACAAAAGCUUAUCACAGCUCAAUGAUUUGGUUAGUACACCAAUGGAUGUGGUACUGAUUUUUCAUUGGUUGAAUUAUGCUUUUAUGGAAAGCUUCAGGUUUCGGACCCAUUUGGGUCUAAUAUGGUGAAAAUUGUUUGACUACAUACAAGAUUACGGACGUAAGAAAGGAACUACAUUUUUAAAGCUAGUCCUAUCUUACACUGUUCAGCUUGUGAGAUAGGAUGUGCAUAUAAAUAUACCAUUUAUUGUAAGAUUUCAGUCUAGGGAAAUGAUACUUGCAAGUAAGCAAAUUUUACUUGAUGUGGAGUAAGCAUACAAGCCACUUAACACAUAAUUAAAACUGUUACGUAAGUGCAGGCAAGCGUGAAUGUGACUGGGAGAGAAAGAUGUUGAACUUGUCAUGUUUAAUGAAGUUUCUUUUCAGGGAUAAUUGUCUUUCAUUCAUUGUUGACAUGUUACUGCUUUUUUAACACUAUUUAUUCAUGUGUUGAAAAGUCAUGUUUUCAUGUAAUUAACUCUAUUUCAGAUUGUUUGUGACAGAUUGACAAAAUCUUCCAUAAAAGUCAUUUGUGUACUUAAUCACUCGAGCUUGUUUUUAAACAUGCUAAGUAUUUGGGACAUAGCAAGGUUUGGAUAUAACCAUACAGAUAAUUUUAUGAUAGGACAUGGUGAUUAAUAUUAUUUCACAACAUGUACAGGUAUCAGCUGUUGUACCAAGGUCUUCAGAUUGUGGUAAUGUUGGCGAUGAAAUAAACAUUACCAACUUAAAA